UCCCCUUUAAAUAAAUCAUGAAUGACCCCAAAAAUGAAUGAACACGUGCAUAAACGGUCGUACGUUAAUGUAUAUGAAUGAGGUUCAACUCGGGGGGAAAAAAUCCAUCAGCGCCGCGUGCAGUUCCGCUCUCCUCCGCUGAGAGGCGGUGUUCCCGCAGAGUCAGGAGUCAUGGCGUUUAGAGAAGAACUUAACUUGCCCGUUGAAUAUCACACACACCACCAAAACCUGAUGUAGGUACAAAGCUAUAAAAGUGUGGCCACAUAUGUCCGCGCUCAGCCCUCCACGUCCAGUCGGCCGAGGACUCCGACAAUGAAGGCAGAGAAGUUCACCUCCUCGCCAAAGUGCAGCAGCCGCCCAAUGGAGCCCAAACCUGUGACUGACUCCGAGGACUGAGAAAGUGAGGAUAAAAUGAAAAUAAAUGGCAGCCGCUUAACGAACACUUCUGCUUCGCUGGCCCCCUCUGAGCUCACCCUCACGCGUCCUCCGUGGGUUUCUACAACUUUGGGGAGCGUCCUGAUAUUCACCAUCAUUGUCGACAUACUGGGCAACCUGCUGGUGAUUUUCUCCGUGUACAGGAAUAAGAAGCUGAGGAACGCAGGGAACAUAUUUGUGGUGAGCCUGGCAGUAGCUGACCUAGUGGUGGCUGUUUACCCCUACCCCCUGGUGCUGAUGUCCAUUUUCCACAAUGGAUGGAACUUGGGCUUUGUCCACUGCCAAAUCAGUGGGUUCGUGAUGGGACUGAGCGUCAUCGGAUCUAUAUUUAACAUCACUGGCAUUGCUAUCAACCGCUAUUGUUACAUUUGUCACAGCCUCAAGUAUGAUAAGCUGUACAGUGACAAAAACUCCCUGUGCUAUGUGCUGCUUAUCUGGAUACUGACUGUGGUGGCUAUAGUGCCAAACUUCUUUGUGGGCUCGCUGCAGUACGACCCCAGGGUGUACUCGUGCACGUUCGCGCAGUCGGCCAGUUCUGCCUACACCAUCGCUGUGGUCUUCUUUCAUUUCACCCUGCCCAUCUUGAUCGUCACCUACUGCUACCUGAGGAUUUGGAUCCUGGUCAUUCAAGUGCGGAGGCGCGUCAAGCCCGAGUUCCGGCCCAAGCUGACGCCGCAUGACGUCAGGAACUUCGUCACCAUGUUCGUGGUGUUUGUGCUUUUCGCCGUCUGCUGGGCGCCCCUCAACUUCAUCGGCCUGGCCGUCGCCGUGGACCCCGAACGGGUGGCGCCGCUCAUCCCUGAGUGGUUUUUUGUAUCAAGUUACUUCAUGGCCUACUUCAACAGCUGCCUUAACGCAAUCGUAUAUGGACUGCUCAAUCAGAACUUCAGAAGAGAGUACAAAAAAAUCAUCGUCUCAUUUUGCACUGCUCGGAUGUUCUUCCCGGAAAGCUCGAACGAAGGUGUUGACAGGAUCAAAAGCAAGCCAUCCCCUUUAAUGACAAACAAUAACCAAGUGAAAGUAGACUCUGUAUGAAAGCUCUAGAAGGCUUGGGACACUGUGAACCAGAAAUAUACCAAAUACCCAUCUCAGUAAGCUCUAGAUAAGAGUAAACCACAGUAAACAAUGCUGUACAGUGAUAAAAGUAUAAACAGUAUAUUCAAACAUACAGGGGUGCAGAUUGUUUUUGCAAAUAUUAUGUCUCAAUGUUUACAACAUUUCAUAAUGAAGGAGAUGUAUUUAUUUUAUUUGUGAGAUUUGGCAAAAGAGAUGGGUGCUUAUAAUGCCAUUAACUCCUGUUCAUAAGAUUCCUGAAGUGGACAGUAAGCUGAAGAAACAUCUGGUUAAGCACAUAUCCUCAAUAUUCAUUUGACAAAGUGAUUUGAUUUAUUGACUUCACUCAGAAUUUGACUCAGGCGCCUUCCUGUUUCGCCUUCCUGGUUCUGCUCACAGUCUUAAAAAGGCUCUCUGUAGCACACACCAAAACAGUUUUUAAUAGAGUAAGCUGUAAAUCCGGAGACGGACUUUUUCAGCGACAAAGCUUCUGGGCUUGCCAGCAAAAGUUUGGUCAAACAGCCGUUGUGCCAACAAGAAAGUGUUGCUUUGUUAAAUGCAAAUAUCUUAUGACUCCAGUGGCAGACUGUUGGAUCCAUUACACAGACAUCAUAUAUUUUGUUUGUUUUUGAAGGGUCACUUCUAAAUUUGUAUAACCAUAUCAUAUGUAUCAUGUUAUAUAUUAAUAAAAUGACAGAAUGCCCCAAGUACAAUGCUUGAUGGCUCAUGUACCAUAGCAGGAGUCCACGACUCUGGGAAUACUCAUCAUGAAAGGUUGAAAAUGUAAAGCCGAUGGAGAGCCGAGAGCAGCUUAUUGUGGUCAAAAUAAAUGCUCAGAUAAAGCUGGAAAUGUUCUGUCCAUAUUUCUGCAUGGACUAAAUUCUGUGUACUCUUAACACCUUGACAAGUCAAAUUGGUGUUGGAAAUGUGAUAACGUACAUUGUGAAGUUUACAACAUACAGCCUUGUGCAAAGUCAGAGACCACCUAUAUUUAUUUCAUUUAGCACAAGUGAUUUGUUUUUCAGGAGGUAGUUCUGAGGAAAUUAGAUACAUGAUAAUCUACUUGCGUAAAGUAGGGCAAACAGUUUCAAAAACCAAAGUUGAAACAAUUGUAUAUGUAAAAGAUAGAGAAAAUUGGACUUCUAACAACUACCCAAGACCUAAAAGACCACUGUCAGCAUCAGAUAAACAGUACUUUCUCGAUAGAUAAAAGAAAAUUAGGCUCUGCA